CCUCAUUCUCGUUCCAGGACUCUGGAACCCUCCCGGGCGCCGUCAGCAACGCCUACUCGAUUCUUACGUUCUGCCUUUUCGACUAAUCCGAAGUGUCCUCGCUACUGCUGAGAUGGCUAUGCAGGAUAGUACUGCGGGUGUAACAGGCGGGGCAGGAGAUGCGACUUCGACCCAGAACACGCAGUAUGAUCAGAUCGGCACACGCUACAAUUCCAUGCAUGACCUGCCUGCUGUGCAACCCGAGCGACCAUCUGUUGUUGCUGCCUUAGGGGACAUCAAAGGGAAACGAUGCCUUGACCUCGCCUGCGGCACAGGCCGCUACACCGCCCUCCUCGCCUCCCUCGGCGCCUCCUCCGUCCACGGCUACGACAUCUCCGCCGCCAUGAUCGCCGGCGCGCUCGCCACCUACCCGCCUUCCGCCCACCCCACCCUCCACUUCUCCGUCGCAGACUGCAGCAAGCCCGAAAACAUCCCCGCCUCGCCCCCCUUCGACGUCAUCUUCGCCGGCUGGUUCCUCAACUACGCUGGCACCGAGGCCGAGCUCGUUAGCAUGUUCAAAGCCAUCGCGCAGAACCUCGCCCCCGGCGGGCGGUUCAUCGGCAUCACGACGAAUGUGCACGACGAGCGGAUGAAGGAGCCGAAGAUGGCGUUUUAUGGCCUCGAUGUGCUGGUUUUGGAGGAGCGGUAUGUGGCGCCGGAUACGGGGAGGGAGGUCGGGAUUAGGGCGCGUGUGGUCGCGCAUACGCAGCCUGUGGUGCAGUUUGAUGUUUUUCAGUUUAGGAAAGAGGUUUAUGAGAGGUGUGCGGCAGAGGCGGGGUUGAGGUUGGGCUGGAGGGAUGCGGUGGUGCCGGACGAGAGGAAGGAGGGGGGCUAUUGGGAGAGGUGGCUAGAGAGGCCGACGUUUGUUAUUGUUGAGGCUAUCAGGGCGUAG